GGACGUUAUUUGUAGACAUGGAUGUCCGAAAGUUCUUUUGACUGACCAAGGGACACAUUUCGUAAACGAACUUUUAGAUUAGUUAUGUACUCGACUAGGUGUUAAACAUCACUUAUCAACCGCAUAUCGACCACAAACUAACGGGUUGACCGAACGAUUCAAUCGAACAUUAUGUGAGACUUUAGCAAAAUAUUCUAUGGAGGAUCAAUCGAAUUGGGACCUAUAUUUGCCUUCUGCGUUGUUUGCAUAUAGAACCAUCCGACAACAAACCACCCGAUUUGAACCCUUCUACCUUACUUACGGAAGGGAAGCAACUUUGCCGAUUGAAUUGAAAUUGCCUAGUGAUCCUACUGUUAUCAGAUCAGAUGUUCAACAAGACCAACAAGUUGAAGAUUUUCAGGAACAGUUUUACCAAAGGAUUCGGAUUAAUGUGCAUACUAGUCAAGAGAAACAAAAGCAACGAUAUGAUGCUCAAAUUCAUCCUAAACAAUACGCUAUUGGAGAACAAGUAUUGUUGAAGAAUUUCUGACCGAAGAAGCUGGAUACGAAGUGGAAUGGACCUUAUUAUGUGCAUGAUCGUCGUAACAAUGGAAAUUAUCAAUUACGAACAAUCGAUGGGAAAAUUCGUAAAAAGUGGGUGCAUGCCGACCAACUUCGU